AUGGAAGGAGAAAGUGCUUUUCAUCCCUAUCAAGAUUUACCAAAAAAUCAUCCUCCAUUAACAGCUAUAGAUAGGUUUUUGUUGAGUCAUGAAAAUUAUUUUCCUCAAAGAAAUAGUAACGAAAGAACUUUUCAUGAAAAUGGAUUUUGUGAAUUUUCUCAUUUUCUUGGUGCAAAUGAAAGUAGCAGUAUUAGUAGUACCCAUGCAAAUGGGAUUUCUUGGCCAAAUCUGCCAGAGCAAAGUUUUAUGGAAGGGUUUUUUAUCAAUGAACAAGAAAAUGGCUUAUUUGGUCAUGAAAAAAAUAAAAAAGUGAGUGGGAAAAAUGCAAAAGAAGGUACCUCAACAACAAACUAUUUGAUCAAGGGUCAGUGGACUGAUGAAGAAGACAGGAAACUACUUAGGUUGGUAAAACAAUUUGGAGUAAGAAAAUGGGCACAAAUUGCUGAGAAAAUGGAAGCAAGAGCAGGAAAACAGUGUAGAGAGAGAUGGCAUAAUCAUCUACGUCCAGAUAUCAAGAAAGAUACAUGGAGUGAAGAAGAAGAGUUGUUGUUAGUGGAAUCACACAAGCAACUUGGAAACAAAUGGGCAGAAAUUGCAAAGAGAAUUCCUGGAAGGACUGAAAAUGCAAUCAAGAAUCACUGGAAUGCCACCAAAAGAAGACAAAAUUCAAGGAGAAAUAAGAAUAGAAAAAAUCAACAAGCUGAUGGCCAAUGUGAACGGAAAUCAUAUCGCCCCACCGUUCUACAAGAUUAUAUUAGAAGCAAGUACUUCAUGAAUGACGAUAAUUCUCACCCCACCACCACCUUAUUUUACGGUUGCGGUGUCAAUAAUGGUGGUGGAGGUUGCAGUUCCACCGUCACCACGGUCACUGCAAGUCAAAGUACCACCACCAAUGCCUCCCCACCAUAUUCUGACGAUGAUUCUCCGUCUUUGAUCACUCAUCAAACAUAUGAUGAAGAAAUGAACUUCAUGCAAAGUUUAUUCGGAAAUAAUAAUAUUAAUGGUACUAAAGCCAUUGACUCCAUGGAGACUAAAGUGACUCAGGAUCUUUUCGACAAGAAUUCAUCGAGCUCUUCUACUGCCUUGAAUUCCUUUGGUGAAAAUCCGCUGACUAUGUGUAACGUUGAGAGUUACACUACAACAAAAAGGGUCACGAACGAGGUUAGGAAUUACAUGCCUGAUUAUUCUCAGCAUUAUCCUCAUGACCUUUAUCUGUCGUACCUUCUAGAUGGUUCUUUGGUGCCUAAUUAUCCAGAGUGCUUCGGAUGUGGAAGUAUGAAUAAUACAGGGAUGCAGAUGAAUCAUCAAGGUUCUUUUGGAGGAAACAAUGAAGUUGAUUCGAUGGAGAUGGUUUCAAAUUCUCAGUUCUCUCAAGGAAGCCCAUUUAACAAAACCUUAUUUUGAUUUGAUUAAUGUUACAUUGUACGUAGAAAUGGGAGAUUUACUAUAAAAGUUAUCGUGGGAUAGUACUGUUAUAUACUGUUUU